UGACUUCACCCUGCUCUGAAAUCGUUUUGUUUCAUCCCUUGUCACACAAUAUACUAUAUUAUUUACACUAAUUUUUAUAAAACAUUCAUCAAGUCACAAGACAUUAGCAAUUUACGCGCUUGCUAAUCUUUGUUCGCAGCAUUGAACCGAAAUUAGCUGAGUUCCAGACACUAAAACUCGAAGUUUCGAUGCUGUUACCAUGAAAAAUAAAUGAACAGAUGUCGAGUUUGUUUUUAUAUCUAUCGAUAAGUAUCUGAAUGAUCUGUACGAUAAACUUGUUAAGUUUAAAAUCACCGUCUGUAAAAUCUAAAGUAGUAAAAUAUUUAUGGAUACAUUGCGUAAAACAUAAAUACUCGGUGGGGUGUCUUGUAGUUUCUUCCAGACUUGUUACUCGUACAGUAUUUAGUUUAUUUUUAUAAAAUUAAAAAUGUUUUUAUUUUUUUUUUUAUUUUUUCGUCCACGUCUCAGUUUGUUAGUUCGCUCAUUCUGUACUGUAGUUAAGUAGCGAGUGUAUUUGUACAGAAAACGCAAACAUUCCAUAGUUGCCGGCGCCAAUGGUGACUGCAUGGCUCCAAGUUGUCGUGGGAGUGGAGAGAAAGAGGGGUCUGACAAGAUCACCACCACGACGAGCAAGACUAAGACCAAGAAGGAGGUGUAAAAAUGAAAAAAUAAAAAAGGGGAAUGAAUUUAAAGAGAAGAAAGAGACUGAGAAGAGGAAGUAGAAGAAGUUGAGCCGGUUAGAGCACUGGAAUCGAGAGCUCAUUCGCUUUUGGAGCACAUUCGCCUGUUGCUCCGUUUACGUGCUCGUAUACUUGCUUUUAAAUUAUUUUAUCUUUACUUAAAACUUCAGCGUCGUGUAUAUUUUUUUUUUUUUUUCAUUUAUUUUUAUUAGAGUGAAUCAUUCAUAGAUCCAAGAUCUAGAUCUAGGGUAUCGCUAACUUUGAUAAAUCACUUGCGUUAAUAAUUAACUAUUAUUUACAAUAAAUUACUUUGAUGACAAGGCGUUAAAAUUUCUUUUUAUUCAAGUGACGGCAAGUUGCUGAAUAAAUAUAAGAAGAAAUAAAAGUUUGGGCCACUUAAGAGGGUCACGCUUUAUUCAAGUGUUUGGUGGCUUGUACAGUAAAGUGGUGAUUAUUUAUAAUUAUUAUUAUUUUGCAAGAACUAGUUCUAAGUACAACAAUGACGUGUGCGGAUGAAACACUUUUGUGUGAAAAAAAAAUCAACAUAAAUUCAAACAACUCGACAUUUUUUGAAGUCAAAAAAAAUGAUUUAGAUGAUGAAUUGAUUGGAAAAAGUGAUGAUAAAAUAUAUCCAUUAGCGGAAAUUACAAAUCCAUGUACAAGACAACUUGAAAUAUAUCUCGAGUCUCGCGGAAUCCGGACGUGGGAUGAGCAUGAGUACACGUGCAUCGGAGAAGCAGCGUCAUCGAGCAGCUUAGAAAGCACCAGCCAUGAGUUAAUAAGCGAGGGAAACUCAUCCGGUUAUAAUUCAUCGGGUAUUGAUGAUAAAAGUAAACGUGAUUCAGAUUCAAUUUCAACUUCUAGUAGAAGUGAUUCUGGUGAAAUGAAUUGCGUUAGUUCGCAGAGUAUCAAACUUCCUGCUGGUGCUUUUGAAUCUACUUUAAUAAAUAAUAAUAAUAAUACAGUAAAUGAUAUUGAAAAUUCAAUAAAACAAGUGAAGCUCAAUGAUGUAGAGUUGAAAAGAACAAAACGUAAAAUAGCAGCCAGCAAAAAAUUUACGCGAAAAGAAAUAGAUUAUGAAGAAAUUUCAAUGUUUCAUGAGGCAGUUAGAUCGGGCGAUGCUAAAAAAGUUGAAGAAUUAGCAGCAUAUGGGUCAAUUAAUGAUCUUGAUGAGCCUGAUUGGAAUGUAUCUGGUGAUCCGCCGCUUCUUGUUGCUGCUACUAAUCAUUAUUUGCCUGUUCUUAGUGUUUUAUUGGCAAGCGGAUGCGAUGCAGGAGCACGUUCGCCCCGAGGUGAAACCGCAUUACAUCGAGCAAUACUUAAUGGAGGACCUGGUAAUGUAAAGCCGUUUGUUAAAGAGUUAUUGGAGAACGGAUGUUCGCCGAGUGUUAAAGAAGCUGGAGGUGGUUUGACAGCACUUCACAUUCUUGCACGACAGCUAGCACAUAUGCAGCCAUCAAGAAGUCUUCAUUAUAACUUUGAAGAAGCACUAGAGACACUUUCGAUUCUUGCUAAAGCUGGUGCUGUCAAUGAUAAAGACCAUCAAGGACGUACUGCGCUACAUAUUUUAGCUUCAUCAACAAUACUUGAUAAUAAUAAUAGGAAAGAAAUAGAAUUAUUGGUUAAAAUAUUAUUAGAAGCUGGAGCAGAUCCAACUUUAAAAAAUGAUCGUGGUGAAACGCCGCUUCAUGAAUCAUUAGAGUACGGGGCUUUGAAUACCGCAGAUGUAUUGAUGCCACAUACACCUACUAGAAUAAUAUCACGUUAUGGUGAGACUCCGCUCCACAUUGCGGCAAGGAAAAAUCUCACUGAAGUUGUGAGUAAAUUGUUGAAAAAUGGCGAGGAUCCAAGUAUACAAGAUGCCAGUGGCAAUACUUGUUUGCAUUUAGCAUCGGCUCGAGGUUUCCAUCAAAUAGUAUCAUUAAUAGUGACCUCGCCACUAGCACAACUGGAAAAAGUUAACGACGAAGGUCUUACUGCGCUACAAGUUGCUGCUGAAAGUGGUUUUGUUAAUGCGGUUAAAUUAUUACUUAAAGCUGGUGCUGAUCCAGUGGUGCUAAUUACUAGUAAUUCUUCAUUGCUCCGUCGUCAUCCUGAUAUUACGAUAAUUAUUAAUCACGAAUUGACGAAACGUCGUCAGCUUGCUACUUAAAUUUAUUUUUUAUUAAAUGAAAAUUAUUAUCGUAUAUUACUUACAGUAAAUUUUUGUUAUAUUUUAUAUAUUGUGAUAUUAAUAAAAAAAAAUCUACUUACUUUCGGUAUAAAUUUAAUUAGGAAUAAUGUUAAUUGUACGAUUUUUAAAUAAAUUAAAUUAAUAAAAUGCAUUGACUUUUUUUUUAUCGUAAUUUUUUUAUAUUAUAGGGCGGAAGAUUUUGUCGGCUUUUUUCAUUUUAUGAAGUUCACUGGAAAAAAUUAUAGUUUGGAGUUUUAUUUAAAGACUUCCCUACAAGUUUUAAGUCAUUAAAAAAUUUUUUAGAGGUCGCUCAAGAAUUUUUAAACUUUCAAAAAUCAACGAAAUCAAAUUUUUAAUUUUUUGUUCCUCACUAAUUCAAUAUUUUCUAUAUAAAUCCUAAAGAAAUAUAUCUAAAUUUUAGCUAAAAAUAGUAGUAUUUAAAGGUCGCUUAAUAUUUUUGAAAAUAUUAGAACAAUUUGGUCUUGUCUGUAAUAAACCGGGUUUAAGAUCAUACAGGUUGUUGAGUACAACUCAAUCAUCAAAAAGCUAUGUGCACUAUGGACCAAGGAACAGGAUAGCGAAUGCAGUCAACGAUUAUUAGGCUUCCAUAAUUUUUUUUGGUGAUUCUUCAUCAUGCUUUUCAACAAAAAUAAAAAAUAUUGUACUGCGUUACUAAUAUAAAAUAGUAUAUUAUAUUAUAUUCUUUUUCUGUGCAGUUUUUGAUUAAACACUACUUUUGUAAUAGUUAAAUAAGAUGUAUAAAGCCGAUUGACAUAAAUAAAUAAAUUU